AGCUCCUUCUGCAUCAGAGAAGAUUUCGAAUCCCUGCUGGCUGGUGUGGGUCUCCCUACUAAAUAAUUAGUUAAAUUACUGACUUUCCCCUCGUUGAACCGCCAGCAACAAUGUCUACUGUCAGUGAAUAUGAAUUGAAACGCCUGCGGAAUAUCGAGGAAAACAAGAAAGUUCUCGCAAGUCUUGGCUUGGAUCGUUUUCGAAUUGAGCCUCCGAAAGUUCCGAAGGCCGUCUCUCGAAAAAGAAAGCGCCGUGCCUCUGAUGGGGACUCGUCCAGUGAGGACGAAGAUGACGACGCUCCCCGUGCCCGCAAGACAGUUUGCAGAAGACCCAGUCGCCGCUCUGGCCGUAUAGCUGGCAAGGCACCACCGUCACCUGGGGAACUACGGGAAGAGGUAGAUGAAUUCCUCGACGAGGAAGGAUAUUCUAAUCGGCCAGCUCGCAAAGACCGGACGAACACAUUUGGACACAUUCCUGGAGUUGAAGUUGGCCGCACAUGGUACACGCGGUUGGACUGCUCUGCUGAUUUGGUGCACAGACCGACCGUGGCUGGAAUUCAUGGAAAUGAAAAGGACGGUUGCUACUCUCUGGCAUUGUCCGGUGGAUAUGAGGACGAUAUUGACAUGGGCGAUUGUUUCACCUACACCGGUUCUGGUGGCAGGGACUUGAGGGGAACGAAAGCCAGCCCGAAGAACCUUCGUACAGCGCCACAAAGCAGUGACCAGACACUGACUAGAGUAAACCUGGCACUCAGUCUGAACAGCAGCAACCGCCGUCCAGUGCGUGUUAUUCGUGGGUACAAGCUUAGAAGUCGAUAUGCCCCUGAGAAAGGCUACCGAUACGAUGGGCUGUAUACGGUGGAGAAGGUCUGGCCAACGUCCGGCAUGAGCGGUUUCCUGGUCUACAAGUACGCGCUAAAGCGCUGUCCUGGUCAGCCAGCACUGAACUCUAUCUGUGGCACGGAUGAUGGGAGUGAGCAUAGCAGUGACAGUGGGGUUGCACCAUCAAUCACGACUACCAUUACCCCACCAUCAGAUGAUGAGGGUGAAACAAGUGAUGAUGGUUUGUGCAUUCCAACUCCGCCAAGUUCCCAACCCAAGUGAAAAUUUCAACGGCACGUCAAGAGCCUGGCGAGUGGAGACCUCACUGAACAGAUUGUUUGGCUGUGCAGGCACAACUUGCAUCUGCUUCGGUGCAUCUCCUCUCCCCCCCCCCCCCCCCCCCUCUCUCUCUCUCUCUCUCAGGCACAUGUAUUCGAUCAAGCUACCACUGUCAUUCGCUCACCAUAUUAUUCUAAUCCCCUGUGCACACAUGCAAACACAUCCGACUUUAUUCAAGAUUUCAGGUUUAAUUUUUUACAAUAGUCAACUCAACUUAGGAAUCGUAUUCGUUUAGGCUUUGUGGAACUUUUUUUAUGUGUGGUUGUGUGAUGCUCUUGUUUGUGUGGUUAUUUGAUAAAAAACCUAUUAAACGUUUUAGUAUUGGUGUAUGGUAAUACUGCUAUAUCCAGUGAGCUUGUUGUGAUAAUAGGCUGAAUUUUCUAUCAGUUGGUUUUAUAUUCAUGUAGAAGAGUAUUGUUUGUGUGAAAUUCGAAGGUGUGUGACUAUUUAA